AUGGCUUCGUUUCCCGAGGCGGACUUCCAGCUAUGCCCGCUGUGCAAGGAGAUGUGCGGCUCGCCGGCUCCCAUCUCCUCCAACUCCUCCACCUCCUCCUCCUCCUCGCAGACCUCCAACUCCUCCUCGGCGGGCGGCUCGUCCUGCGCCCCGUCCCGCCGCCUGCACGUCCUGCCCUGCCUGCACGCCUUCUGCCGCCAGUGCCUGGAGGCGCAGCGCCAGCACCCGGCCGCGGGGGACGCGCUCAAGCUGCGCUGCCCCAUCUGCGACCAGAAGGUGGUGAUCUCGGAGCCCUCGGGCAUGGACGCGCUGCCCUCCUCCAACUUCCUCCUCAGCAACCUGCUGGACGUGGUGGUGGUGGCGGCCGCCGCCGCCGAGGAGCAGAAGAACAACGGCCGGGGAGGGGGAGGCGGCAGCAGCAGCAACAACCGGCACCACCACCCCCGCCAGCAGCAGCAGCACCGCUCGGCCGGCAGCGGCUCGUCCCCCGCCGCCGCCUCUGCGGUCGCCCCGUCCCCGUCCUCCUCCGGCGGGGGCGGCUCAGCCUCGCUGCUGCUCCGGCGGCCGCACAGCCGGCAGGGCGAGCCCCGCUGCAGCUCCUGCGACGAGGGCAACGCGGCCAGCUCGCGCUGCCUGGACUGCCAGGAGCACCUGUGCGACAACUGCGUGCGGGCGCACCAGCGCGUCCGCCUCACCAAGGACCAUUUCAUCGAGCGCUUCGGCGGGGCGCCCGGCUCCGCCGCCGCCGCCGCUCCCGGGCCGGCUGCCCAGCUCGCCCUCGGCCAGCCCUACCCCGCCGCGCCCUACAACAUCCUCGCCUCCGUCUUCCCGGACCGGGCCAGCUACUGCCAGCACCACGACGACGAGGUGCUGCAUUUCUACUGUGACACUUGUUCUGUCCCUAUCUGCCGGGAAUGCACCAUGGGACGACAUGUGGGUCAUAGCUUUAUCUACCUCCAAGAUGCCCUCCAGGAUUCCAGAACCCUCACCAUUCAACUGCUAGCAGAUGCUCAGCAAGGACGCCAGGCUAUUCAGCUGAGUAUUGAACAGGCCCAAGCUGUGGCAGAGCAGGUUGAGAUGAAAGCAAACGUGGUGCAGUCUGAAGUCAAAGCUAUGACAUCUCGACAUAAGAAGGCCCUGGAAGAACGGGAGUGUGAGCUGCUGUGGAAGGUGGAAAAGAUUCGUCAAGUCAAAGCCAAGUCCCUUUACCUGCAAGUUGAAAAGUUGCGUCAGAAUCUAAAUAAACUGGACAACACUAUUAGUGCAGUUCAGCAGGUCCUAGAGGAGGGUCGUAGCAUGGAUAUUCUCCUGGCUCGGGAUCGCAUGCUGGCUCAAGUGCAGGAACUGAAGAAUGUGAGAGGCCUUCUACAGCCGCAGGAGGAUGACAGAGUCAUGUUCACUCCUCCUGACCAGGCUCUGUAUAUGGCCAUUAAAUCAAUGGGGUUUGUCAGCAGUGGGGCUUUUGCUCCUCUGACCAAAGCCACGGGGGAAGGUCUCAAACGUGCACUACAGGGCAAAGCGGCCUCCUUCACAGUGAUAGGCUAUGACCAUGAUGGUGAACCACGCCUUUCGGGGGGCGAUAUGAUCUCUGCAGUGGUGAUGGGCCCUGAUGGAAACCUAUUUGGUGCAGAUGUCAAUGAUCAGCAGAAUGGAACCUACCUGGUCAGUUACAGACCGCAGCUGGAGGGAGAGCAUCUAGUCUCUGUCAUGAUGUGCAACCAGCACAUAGAGAACAGUCCGUUCAAGGUCAUGGUAAAAUCUGGGCGCAGUUACAUUGGCAUUGGACUACCAGGGCUUUCAUUUGGCAGCGAGGGAGACAACGAUGGCAAGCUGUGUCGCCCCUGGGGAGUUUGCGUAGACAAAGAAGGGUACAUCAUGGUUGCUGAUCGCAGUAAUAACCGCAUUCAGGUGUUUAAGCCCUGUGGCACCUUUCACCACAAAUUUGGCACCUUGGGUUCCAGGCCUGGUCAGUUCGAUCGCCCUGCUGGUGUUGCCUGUGAUAUCUCGCGUAGGAUUGUCGUGGCUGACAAGGAUAAUCAUCGCAUCCAGAUCUUUACAUUUGAUGGGCAGUUCAUUCUGAAAUUCGGGGAAAAGGGAACCAAGAAUGGGCAAUUCAAUUACCCAUGGGAUGUGGCAGUCAACGCCGAGGGCAAAAUCCUGGUCUCUGACACGAGGAACCAUCGGAUUCAACUGUUUGGACCUGAUGGUGUGUUUCUGAAUAAAUAUGGCUUCGAAGGGGCACUCUGGAAGCACUUUGAUUCUCCAAGGGGUGUGACUUUCAAUCAUGAAGGCCAUCUGGUAGUGACAGAUUUCAACAACCAUCGCCUCCUGGUCAUCCAUCCAGAUUGCCAGUCAGCACGCUUCCUUGGGUCAGAAGGCACCAGCAACGGCCAGUUCCUGCGCCCACAAGGCGUGGCUGUGGAUCAAGAGGGGCGCAUCAUUGUGGCCGAUUCUAGGAACCACCGAGUGCAGAUAUUUGAGUCAAAUGGUAGUUUUUUAUGCAAAUUUGGCACUCAGGGAAGUGGCUUUGGUCAGAUGGACCGACCUUCAGGUAUAGCUGUCACCCCUGAUGGCAUGAUUGUUGUGGUUGACUUCGGAAACAAUCGAAUUCUCGUCUUCUAA